AGCUUUUUUAUUCCCACACUGUAGAUUUUCCUCUAAAGAGCUGCUGGAUUGGACUGAGUCUCUUUAUUCUAUAACAAGACACUGAAGACAGUUUAUCAUAAUUUAACAUCUCAGACAUCCCCAGCUGUUUUCAGUCGGAUCCUGUUUCUUUAUUAUACAUUAUUUGUUUUGGUCACUUUUUCUCUUCUAUUCCGGUUGGAUUUACAAAGGGCGUGUGUUGGGAGUUUCAUCUCCUGUACUGGUGCGACUCUGAGGAAUGACAGCAACUGGGAUCAGAUCAGCCUGAAUGGAAACAAUGGAUUAUAAAGAGCUGGGACAUCAUUUCGAGGAGAAGCUGACACUAACAGACAAAUCUCUUCCUCUGCAGACGGAGUCUCCGUCCAUCCAGAAUGGGGACAAGUCUUUGGGGAAAGACAUCCUGACGUCAGACGACUCAGCCGUCACAGACCUCUCUCCUAAAACAGACUCCAGCCCCAUAACGGAGACCCCCACCAAGACAGAUGCCUCCUCCAAGACAGAUGUGAGGCCCUCCACCCCGGGCAGCAGCCCUCAGCCCAAGAAAGAUUCGAUGAGCUCAGAGCAACGACAGAAACUUGCCAAGGAGCGGAGGGAGGAAAGAGCCAGAUAUAUCGAACAACAAACUCAGCUGCAAGCGGUGAAGAAGACCCAGUGGCUGGAGAAGGAGAAUAAGGCCCGACGUCUGAGGGAGAGCCAGCUGGAGGACCGCAGGAGGAAGCUGGAGGAGCAGAGGCUGAAGGCGGAGAAACGCCGAGUUCUGCUGGAGGAGAAACAGAGACAGAAACUAGAAAAGAACAAGGAGCGAUACGAGGCAGCUAUCAAGAGGUCGACAAAGAAGACGUGGGCCGAGAUCCGCGCGCAGCGGUGGUCCUGGGCGGGCGGACUCAACCAGACCUCCCGCAGAGAAAGCAGAUGCUCGGCCUCCACGGUCAACUUGCCGAGACAGGUGGACCCUGUCAUUAACAACAGGCUGUCCAAGUCCUCUGCCACGCUCUGGAACUCCCCCAACAGAACCCGCAGCCUGCGUCUGAGCCCGUGGGAGAGCCGGAUCGUGGAGCGGCUCAUGACGCCCACGUUGUCCUUCUUGGCCCGGAGUCGCAGCGCCGCCACCCUCCUCAACAACAGCGACUCCAACUCUCAUCACUGCUCCCGUUCAGCCUCCGCCAGCCCGCUGACCGCCUGCUCCCAUCACCACCCGAACGCCGAGCGCUGGAGGGUCUCCUCCGCCAGCACGCCGGACAUCACCCAGCGCCAGCGCCGGCGAAACUCCACACCGGUGGACAAAAAGAAGAAAGAGAAGAAAGACAAGGAGAGGGAGAAUGAAAAAGAGAAGAACGCUAUCACAAAAGACAAAGUGCAGAAGAAGAGACAGACGAUAUCGCCCACCACCACGACCCAGAGAUCCAGGCCAGAGACCAGCACCCCGAAGCUCAAAAACAGACCUCCAUCACCCGCAGCCCCCAAAGGUCAGCCCCUGUCCCCGAUGGUGCCAGCAGCAGCAGCAGCAGCCUCCAAAACCCCCACGGGCAAAAAGACACCUACUGGCACCAAGACCCGACCCAAACGAGCCCAGACGCCCGCCAGGAUGCAGCCCCAGACGGUCACUGCGGUCGCCGUGGCAACGGGCCACAAACCCCAGCAGCCCGACGCUCCAGAGGAGAAAAAGGACUCCAGUAAUGUUCCUGCCAUCGUGGUGUCCACAGCACCGCUUACACCUCCCUCCCUCAGCCCAGCGGUUGCAUCAGCGGCCUCUCCAGCUGCUCCAAACGUAGAGCCGGCCGCCUCGGCUGCUUCUCCUGCUGCAGCCUCCACCGGUAAUCCUGCUCCAUCUGCUGCACCCGCUGCCACCGCUGCUGCUACCACUGCCUCCACCACCCCGGCUGCACCGACCAGCAGACCGUCAGCAGGCACCAACAACCAGGAGGAGGCUGCUCGUGUCCUGGCAGAGAAACGCAGACAAGCCCGAGAGCAGCGGGAGAGAGAGGAGCAGGAGCGUCUGGAGCAGGAGCAAAAGAACAAGAUCCUCCGGGAGGAGGCGAUGGCCCGGGAGGCCGAGGAGAGGAAGCGCAGAGAGGAGGAGGCUCGAUUCAUGGCCGAGCAGCAGCGCGUCAGGGACGAAGCCCAGCAAGCUCAGGAGGAGCAGGAGGCGCAGGAGAAAGCCAAGGCCGAGCAGGAGGAGAACGAGAGGCUGCAGAAACAGAGGGAGGAGGCCGAAGCCAAAGCUCGCGAGGAGGCCGAGCGUCAGCGCCUCGAGAGGGAGAAACACUUCCAGAAAGAAGAGCAGGAGCGGCUGGAGAGGAAGAAGCGCCUUGAGGAGAUCAUGAAGAGGACUCGGAAAAGUGACGCAGGAGAAAAGAAGGAUGUCAAAGCUUCUCCACAGGUCAACGGCAAGGACACAGAGCUCAGCAAGACUGGGACCCUGCAGAGUCCCGACGCUGCAGUCCUCAGCGCGUCACAAAGUGUGUCCGGUCCGGUUGUAAACGGCGUCCAGAACGGCGUCUCGGCCAACGGAGAGGCGGCUCACUUCGAGGAGAUCAUCCAGCUGAACAACAGCGGCAACCCGACGCAGACUCAGAGCGGGCUGGUCAGCGAGCCCAUCCUGGCGUUCGAGGGCGGAGAGCCCUUCCUGAUGAAAACAGGCCCCAUGAAGCCUCAGCAUGUCGCAGAGGUCCUGUGAGUCGCCACACAUCUCCAUGGAGACGCGCCUUAUGUCUCUGCUCGAGCUAAGAGAUUCAUGCCACACCACAGCGGCUUAUAAAAAUCGUGUGCCAAACAAACAAUGAACUGCGCUGAAUUCACAUUUUUACCGUUAUCUGUCUGUCGCAAGAGGACAAAGAGGAGUUCUUUCAUCAUCUGACAUAUACCAACAUGCAACAACGACAACAACGACAACCACAACAAGUAUUCUCUCUCCGUCUCCACCGCGUGUUCUGGUGCAGCAUCUGUCAAGUUUUACUGAAAUGUCACAUGCAGAUUUUAUGGUGCACCUUAAAGAUGACUGACUGUGUAACAAAACUUUUAGAAAAUACAGUAUAAGAACCCUGGAAAUGCAUAAUAUUUGACAAUGGUUGUUAUUAUUACCGUCGUUACGAUAUCGUUAUUGUUAUCUUAAGUUGAACAGUGUGCGUGCGUGUGUGUUGUUUUGUUGUUUUUGUCUUGAAUUAUUGAGUUAUUUAACAUGGGGAGCAUUGUAAGGACUGGCCACAGACAGUGUAUGUAAAUGUAUAAUGAGCCUGGCUGCCUAGGCCUCCUGUUACAGGGGAUCUGUGAAAUAAAGCUUUAUGAAAGGGA